CUCUAAGGCCGAUCUUGAGGUCCGCCAUCUGCGUAAGGCGGCCGAGAAUGAGGUAGAAGAAAAGCUUGGGCAGUCUGCCAUUUACGAAGCCAAGCAAGCUUCGGACGAGGAACAUGCGCAGACACUUCGUCAGGCACUCAGCCAGAACCGCAAGGCUGUCUUUUGGUCUAUCAUGAUCUCCAUGUCCAUUGUGAUGGAAGGAUAUGAUGUCAUCCUGAUUAACAACUUUUUUGCCUAUCCGGAGUUCCAAAAGAAGUAUGGUAGUUGGUACGGCGAAGAAAUUGGUUAUCAGGUCUCUGGGCCGUGGCAAACAGGCCUGACGAUGGCUUCCACGGUCGGUGCCAUCUUUGGCGGGUUGAUGAACGGAUACUUCGCGUCCAAAUAUGGCUAUCGAUGGGUCAUGAUUGGUGCCAUGUUCUUCCUGAACUGCUUUAUCUUCGUCGUGUUCUUUGCGCACUCUGCCGCCAUGCUUCUAGUUGGACAAAUUCUCUGCGGCCUUUCCUGGGGUGUUUUUGCGACACUCAGUCCAGCCUACGCCUCCGAGGUCUGUCCUACCAAUCUACGCGGUUACAUGACUACAUAUGUGAAUCUUUGCUGGGCAACUGGCCAGCUUAUUGCUGCUGGUGUUCUCCGCGGAUGUCUAAGCAUUGAGGGCGAGAUGGCCUACCGGAUCCCUUUCGCAAUUCAAUGGCUCUGGCCAGUCCCUCUGAUGGUUGUUUCCUAUCUUGCCCCUGAAAGUCCGUGGUUUCUAGUCCGGAAAGAUCGUCUUGAAGACGCUAGACGGUCCAUCGAGAGACUCAGCGGGAAUAAGACUCAAGACCAAAUCAACGCUCAAUUAGCAAUGAUGGUUCACACAACCAAAGUCGAAUCAGGAGUGACCAGCGGUGUGACAUACCUUGAUUGUUUCAAGGGCAUUGAUCGUCGACGCACGGAAAUUUGCUGCAUAGCGUUUGCGGGGCAAGUCAUGUCUGGCAGCAGCUUCGCUUACACCCCGACAUACUUCUUUACUACCGCGGGAAUGAGAACAGCGAAUGCGUUCGAACUGAGUCUAGGAGCAAAGGGCAUGGCCUUUAUUGGAACCGUUUUAUCAUGGUGGCUCAUUACUAAUUGGGGUCGUCGCGCCAUAUACGUUACCGGGAUUGGAGCUCUUACCGUCAUCCUGUUCAUCAUAGGCAUUCUUGAUGUAUCUGCUGGCGAGAAAGGCCUUUGGCCCUCUGGUGGCCUUUGUGUCUUCUGGCUAUUCAUAUACUCUCUCACUAUUGGACCUAUUACUUACAGCGUCAUCAGUGAGACUUCCUCGGUUCGGCUUCGCCCAUUGACAGUCGUGCUAUCACGAAAUGCCUACCAGCUUGUCAAUAUAGUCUCUCAAGUCCUCCAGACUUACAUGAUGAACCCUACGGAGUGGAAUCUAAGAGGCAAGGCCGGCUUCUUCUGGGCGGGUACUGCCGGGAUCAUCUUCGUUUGGUCAUACUUUCGCCUACCUGAAUGUAAAGGCCGUACGUACGAGGAGCUGGACAUGCUGUUUGCCAGAGAGAUCCCGGCCAGAGACUUCUCGAAGGCUCACGUGGAUGCCUACGAGGAGGCUUCGGAUCAUGUCGAAGAUGUUAUGGAGGCAACGCCACGGAAAGAGGAACUUUAG